CAUAAUCUUAUUGUGUCCAUUACCUUAUCAAAGUAUCAAGCACGUAACUUUUCUGCAUAGUCUACACAGGUCAGGUGCAAGCACAUCACAAGCAUAACAAACAAGAGCAAAAAAAAAAUGGCAUCUACUUCUGUUGCAACAGCUUUGCCACUGGGUUCUGCUACCCAAAACAAGCUGAAAAAUCCAUCCUCCGAAUCAUUUUUCAGGCCAUUACCCAUAACACAACCAAAGAGGAUCACACAGUCAAAAUCCAAGGUUGAAAUUAAUGCAUCUUUGAAAGAAAAGGCAGUGACAGCAAUUACAGCUGCAUCCUUGACAGCCUCCAUGGUUAUACCUGAUGUGGCUCAUGCAGCUGGAUCUGAUCUCUCACCAUCUCUCCAGAACUUUUUGCUAAGCAUUUUUGCUGGUGGAGCUGUGCUAACAGCUAUACUUGGAGCUGUUAUUGGGGUUUCCAACUUUGAUCCGGUUAAGAGAGCUUAAUUAUGUAUGUCUUGAAAAGCUUUUGAACUUUAUGUCCUUUUGAUUUAAUGUAAUAUGUUUAUGUUACUGGUUGCAUUGUAUGUUCAAAAGUGAAUCUCAGCUUCUCCUUAUCUUUUA